UAGCGUCGACGCGUAAGUGAAAGUGACCAGCAACCGAACCAACCAGUUAAGUUACUUCAGUCAUUCAGUGCAGUCGCAUUAAGAGUCAGUUCCAAGUGUUUCAGAAUGGGAUUUUGGAAAAAAAAUUUCAGAGAUUUCAUUAUUAUUCUUAAGUUAUUGGUCCUUGGAAGCUAUGCCAUGUAUUUGGAAACUUGCAGUACCGUUCUUCCAUUAAAAGACCCUUUAAAAAGAGAAGAGGAAUAUGCCGUCAUCACAGGUGGAAAUCAGGGAAUAGGAUGGUUCACCAUAAAGGCGUUAGUCAAAUCUGGAAUGAAAGUGAUUGUUGGUUGUAGAGAUGGCCCGUGCAAGGAUCAAUUAUACGAAUCAAUCAAGGAUGCCGGAUUUCCAACUGGAUCUGUAGAAUGGAUUAAUCUAGAUCUAUCGUCGAUGGAUUGUGUUCGAACGUUUGGGAAGGCGGUUCUCGAUAAAAAUAUCCCCAUUAGUCUUUUAAUCAACAACGCUGGAACCAUGUCACCUUACGCCUUGACAAAGGAUGGUUUCGAGACGCAAUUUGCUGUGAACUAUUUAGGCCACUUUCUAUUAACGCAUCUCCUUUUGCCACGCCUCAUAGAGGCAGGAACGGAAAAUAAAGCAGCAAGGAUCGUUUGUCUUUCUUCGAUAGGCCAUGCCUUCGGGUGGUUUGAAAUAGACGACCUUCAGGCCAAGUCUUACUUUAACAAAUUAUGCGCCUAUUCUCAAUCGAAAUCUGCAAUAAUCAUGUUCACCAAGGUCUUGCAUGAGCGCUUGUCUCUUAAGAAUUAUCCCGUAAAAAUUUAUGCCAUUCACCCUGGAAUUAUAAGAUCUGCUUUAUGGACUCAACAUUGGUUCGCGAAUAUUGGUUAUCUGACGACGAAAUUGAUAGCUAAGACUGAAGAACAGGGCGCUCAACGGGUGGUUCACGCUGCUUUAUCGCCGCAAGUGGAAGACUUGAGUGGGAAUUAUUUUGAAAAUUCCAAAGCAGUCGAGCCGAUAAAACUGGUUCGCAAUCGCGACACCCAGAAAAAAUUAUGGGAAAAGUCUUGUCAACUGCUUGACAUCUCUCAAUUUGGUGGCUUGCAAUAACACUGAACUGCAUACCUCUCCAAAAUCCCAACUAGCCCUUUGAAUUUUUGUUUUGUUUUGUUUACAGAAUGUAAUUAAUUAAUGUGAAUCACCAUUUGACAAUUUGAAUAUAUUUCUAUUUACCAAAAA